CAUAAUCAGUACGCGACUCCCACUUGUCAAUUUUUGUUAUUAUUAAAAGUUAAUGGGUUGGUAUAAAAAACGGUGUAUAUUUAAUUAACCAAAAGCCCAACCUUUUUAUAAGAUGGUAGAUUGUGAAAAGGAGGAAGCACUAAAUCUUCAAAAAGAAUUUGAAUGGGUGCUAAACCAAGAGAUACACAAGGGUUUAGAACAAAUCCAUAAGAUAUUAGUAGAAUGUGUAAAGAAAUUUCCUGUUCAAUUAUAUGGUCAUGAUAACUCAUUAAAGAAGGAUAAGUUUGUGCUUUCAGUGACACCAGAGAGUCUAAAAUGUGUUGUCACAUUGACUGGGGAUAGCAUAACUCAUGCAGAUAUCAACUUUAAAGUGACGCGCCAAACAAAUACGACGAUCGUCCGUACGUCCAUCCAAAGCGAAUAUCCGUGGAAGCUGCAGCAGGUCCAGGAUGCCGCCAAUCAUUUGCAGCAGGCCAUCUACCACAUAGACGAUGUCGGGAAGAACUACAAAUUCAAGUCGUCGGAUGAAGUUCUCCACAUUUUGGGAAACAUACUAGGAAGCCUCCAAAGGGGCAGGACGAGCCUGAUAGUACCUAGAAAAAAAGCUAUCGAUGACCUAAUGAAAAGUCGCAAUAUGAAAUCGUUGUCCCCAAACUUGUCCGAAGAUUUGGCAAUCAGUUUCUACAUUCAAAGCCACAAGUUGAUAUUUGCAAUCUACCAACUGACCAAUCAGCAAGGCACUAUGAAAUACGAAUCCAAUCAUGCUGAGUGUUCAGUGCCUUGGUUGAAUGAGGUUCUUGUUUUCUUUACUGUCAGCUUACAGUUGUGUCAACAGCUAAAAGACAAGAUCUGCGUUUUUUCACAAUAUAAAGAUUUUACUGUUGGUUCGAGACCGUCUAGUCCGUGUCCUGCCUAAUCUCAUUGCAUAAUUCUUGUUCAAACUGUAGAUAAUUAAUUAUGAUAUUGUCAAUUUAAAAUAUUGUUGUAUAUAUAUAUUAGUGAUAGUUUUAUCAUGUGUAGACCAUUGACUUUUAAUAAUUAAGGUAAAUAUAUUUAUUUAUAGGACGUCUACAAAUUUUUUCUAGUAUUCCUCAUGUUUAAUAUUAAAGCUAAAACCAAACUGCAUUUUUUUCUUCUAUCUGAGUACCAUUCAUUUUAUUUAACUGUAAACUGUAUGCUUUUAGAAGUGGAUGCUUAUUUAUUUUUAUGAUUUCUUUUGUCAUUCCUGUUUAUUUCCAUAACAAGAUGUAACCAAAUAAGAUACAUUUAUUAUAUUAUGCACGUGUCGCUCUUUUUAAAGAGAAAAUGUCUCUUGACAAUAAUAACUGUUUUUUAAAAAUCUCACCCAAUUGUGAUGUUUGUGAUUGUUUAUGGAGAGCAAUAAACUCACUGUUGUUA